UUUGAAGUGUUACUGAAUGUUUCGUGUCGUAAUUUUUAUAACUUAGGCUGGCUUCCAUGAGUACCUGUCUGACUUGGAUGUCUGGUUGAAUAUUUUACUGUGUCUGUAAAUAAAUGGUUAAUGUGCUUAUUAUUAAUCAGUGUCUUCUGUUUCACUUGCCAAACCCUGAACCCGCUUCCUGCUUCCUCAUAACACCAAAGUGGCAGGCUAAAGUUGUCUCUAACCACUGGAUCAGACGAAAACUCUGUUGUACAAGAACGUCCAUCCAUGAGUUUCUGAUGUCCUUAAUGGAUUUUAAAAAACAUGUGACUCUUCAGACUUCACUUUGUAGAUCAUUGGGUUUAUUUGCUUUUCUGACAAUUGCUAUUGAAGUGGGAGGUUGAUAAUAGAAGAAAAUAGCUCACAGGCAUUCAGGAUACAUUAAUUCUUCCGGAUAUAUUACAGCAAUCCCUGAUCUAAUCUGCACACAAGGUGACGGCCGUUGGGAAUGGAAUACAUUGUGCAGUUUCUGAACUGGAUCUAUGCUGGUAUUGAAGCAGUAUUUUGUGUCGCAGAUUAUAUGUUGUUUUAUUUUGCUCUAAUGUCCACUACUGGAUUGGUUGUAAGUUAUAUUUAUAUAAAACUCUUGACCAAUGACAGAUUAACAUUUGAGGAAGACACCACGUCUAACAGAAGUCUCUUUGGCAAAGAACAAACAAUGGAAAUAAAGGAACAAGUCACCGCUGACACAUGGACUGAAAGCACCAGUAAAAUGCUACAAAGUGGGGAUGACCAGAAUGUUUCCAGGAACUCAGUUGUUCUGCUGCAGCACAAUAAUCAAAUAGAUGAACUUGGAUCUUUAGUUGAAUGUAACAGCAGUGAAGAUCUUUCUUUAAUGAAUGCUGAAAAACCAAUGGAUCUCCUUGAUAUCUACACCAGUAUGACAGACAGUGUCAUGCCCAGUGAUGCAAACACCGCAAUGCAAUUGGCCAGAAAUGAGGAAGAAGAUCUGUACUGCAGCAUAGAUGAAAUUAAAGAAAGACAUCAGAGUAAUUCAGAUUCAGACGGUGGGCUCAGAGCUGACUUUAUAUUACAUCAAGUUCAACAAAAUGUGACAGAAAUGGAGAUUGAAACUGCCAUAAAUCUGAAGAAUGAUACUUACCAUCAAUUGAGAAAGUUCGUGUGUCAGGCACUGGUCAAGGGCAAGCAUCUUCCUCCUUGGAUAAUGAACGAGGAGGCUUCACAGAUUCCCAGAAAAAUAUCCCAGGAAGGCUACAGAUGGAUAAACCAGUGGUCUUUGAAACAAAAACAUUGUGGAAAUUCCAUUGAACAACUGGGGAUUUGCUUGGAAACACUUCGGAAGGAGUGGGCAUUUAUACGUUCCAUGCAAAGCGAGGCUGGAAGAACAAAUGCAUGUAGAGACCUGAUUCAGGAUCAAGUGACUGAGCAAAAGAUUUAUGAAGCCAUAAAGUUUCUAAUGCUAUACAAAGCUAUUCAUCUUCAUAAUGCUAUGGAAAAUGGAAGAAAUGUUCCUGAAUUUUGUAAACAUUUGUUUGCAAGGAGUACAUCACUUUACCCAUACUAUCUAAUGAUAAACCACCUAAAUUUAAUUGGUCACAGCAGAGAUUUUGAAGAGAUUGAGACAGAGCUUCUGAAGUACACUUUGGAAAUUGAAAUAAAUAUCUGACGGCAUUAUCCUGGAGUACCUGGGUCACUGGUAUUCUCGAGUCCCAAAAAUUGUCAUCACGUACCACUGAAUAAAAUCAAAAUGGAACAGCUUACUUUCAGUACGUACCAAGAAAGGGACAGCUGAUAUUCUUGCAACUAAUGGAUUCUUUUCAAAUCUGCUCAUCUGGAUCUAUCUAAUCCAACUUUAAAAAGAAAAGUAGUUUUAAAAACACCAAAGGGCCUUGAAUCGCUGAAGUGCAAGUAUAAGGAAGAAGAAUCUCAUUAGUUCAAGCUCUCCUGCAUCCCAUCAUGGAGUUUGUAGAAAUAACAUUUCUCAAAAAUGUGAUAAGAACAGGGAAAAAAAAAAUCAUGAAUAGACAGUUUCUAUAACAGAACAAUGACUAAAACAUUCUCACAAUAAUGAAUGUUUAUAAAUAUUGGAACAAAUAAGUUUGGUCAAAGACAGUGUCUUCAAACAGUGCCUUAAAGGAGAAUGCAAUUUAGGAAGUAAUUUCACAUUUUAGACCUGGCAGCGAAAGGCAUGGCAAGAACGAUUAAAUUCAGGGAUGAUCAGAGCAGAUAGAUGCUUGGGGGAAGAUUAUAGGAAUGGAGAAGACUGAAGUAAUUUGAAAACAAGAAUGGAGAAUGGGGAAUUUCUUAAGCAGGAAAUAGCUGAAGUUGACAAGAACAGAGGUGAUAAUUGAAGUUUGGACACGAACAAUUUUGGAUGGUGUUGAGUUUGCAAAGAACGAUACAAAUCUAGAGGACACUGGGAGAGUCAGGUGUGGAGAUAAAGGCACAGAAGUGGCAGAUCAUCUGAAGCAGCUGCAAAGUCUGGUAAAUCUUAGAGAUUAAAAGGUAUCAAAGUGAUGGUAUAUUUAUGUGGUCUAAAGAUCAACUGGGGAUCAUGUAUGACAUUAAGAUGACCAAAACUAUUGCUCAAAUAGCUUCCUAUUCAAUUCAUGAUGCUUCAGAAUAUUAAGAAAACAAUCAUGUGCUAUAAGGAGAGGUUGGACGUACUUGGGUUUUCUCUGGAGUGGUGGGGACUGAGGGGGAGAUCUGAGAGAGGUUUAUAAGAGUACACAGUAUCUUUUCCCAAGGGUUGAAAUGUCUUAAUAUCAAAGAGCAUGCCUUUAAUCUGAGAAGUGGUAAUUUCAAAGGAGAUGUGAGGGGGAGUGUUUUUUUUCUUAAAUACACACACACACACACACACACACACACACACACACACACACACACACGCACGAGUGGUGGGUGCCUGGAAUACUCUGCUUAGAGUGGUUUACAGGCAAAAAUACUAGAGACUUUUAAGAUGCCUUUAGAUAGGCACAUGAAUGUGGGGAAAAUGGAAGUAUACACACAUUGUGUUGGCAGAAGAGAUUAGUUACCCAUUUGAUUACUCGUUUAAUUGUUUUGGCACAACACCGUGGUCCAAAUGGCCAGUUUCUGUGCUGUACUGUUCUAAGUUCUAACACUUCAGUUAUCUCAUUAUAGGUGCAUAUAAUAGCCUGUAUUGUCAAUGUGUCAGUAUUUGUUGCAUCUAGAGAUGUCUCACCAUGCUGUAGACUUCUCAAAACAAGCUGCUGAGAAAUUCAGUUUGGCUGACUGGGAAUGCACAGUUUUCUGAUGAAAACACACUGCAUUUACCAAAGUCCAAAUAAAUUGUGACCAGACAAUCUGUAAUUAAAUCACAUUUACUACCUUAGAAUAUUUAAUUGCAGUUUCAUCGCUUUUCUAAACCUUUAUGUACAGUGACAGGAAAAUUCUUUUGGCUUGGUCAAAGAACCAAUUUAUAUUAAUUCUCUGGAGCUUCCACCAUCUCCAACAGGAUCCCAGCGCCAAGCACAUCUUUCCCUCCACCCCACUUUCUGCUUUCCACAGGCAUCGCUUCCUACGUGACUCCCUUAUCCAUUCGUUCCUCCCCACUGAUCUCCCUCCUGGCACUUAGCCUUGCAAACGGAACAAGUGCUACAACUGCCCUACACCUCCUACGAUUCAGGGCCCCAACAGUCCUUCCAGGUGAGGCGACACUUCACCUGUGAGUCUGUUGGGGUCAUCUACUGUGUCCAGUGCUCCCAGUGUGGCCUCUUGUAUUUCGGUGAUACCCGACAUAGAGUAGGAGACCACGUCACCGAUCACCAACGCUCCGUCCACCAGAGGAAGUGGGAUCUCCCAGCGGCCACCCAUUUUAAUUCCACUUCCCAUUCCCACUCCAGUAUGUCAAUCUACGGGCUCCUCUACUGUUGCGAUGAGGCCACGCUCAGGUUGGAGGAAUAAUACCUUGUAUUCCAUCUGGGUAGCCUCCAACCUGAUGGCAUGAACAUCAAUUUCUUGAACUUCUGGUGAGGGCCACCCCUUUCACCAUUCCCCAUUCCCUUUUCCCUCCCUCACCUUAUCUCCUUGCCUACCCAUCACCUCCCUCUGGUGCACCUCCCACCUUUUCUUUCUUCCAUGGCCUUCUGCCCUCCAUUAGAGUCACCCUUUUCCAGCUCUGUAUCUCUCACCAAUCAACUUCCCAGCUCUUUUCUUCACGCCUCCCCCUCUCGGUUUCACCUGUUGGUCCUCCCUCCCCCUCCCCCCCACCUUUUAAAUCUGCUCAUCUUUUUUUCUCCAGUCCUGCUGAAAGGCCUCAACCAGAAACGUCCUCUGUACUCUUCUCCAUAGAUGCUGCCUGGCCUGCUGAGUUCCUCCAGCAUCUUGUGUUGCUUCGAUUUCCAGCAUCUGCAGAUAUUUCUCCCGUUUGUGAUUACAUAAAUUAACACCAUUCUGGCUCCAAGGUCUGAAUUUUACGUCUCAAUCCCGUUCUGCUGCCUAGUGACAAUGGAAGUGGGGAGAAUGGAAAGAAGGAAUGCAUUCAUGUUUAAAUGCUGCCACAGUGCACAGGUUGAGACAGAUCAAUUUGACUUCUACUGUGCCAGACCAAGUGCAAAACUAGAAAAUGACCAUGCAUUUUCAGUCUGUACUUUUACAGAUUGUUUCUAAUUUUAAAGAUUAAAAAUAUUUGUCAAUCAAUUAUUUGAAAUUCUCCAUGCUGGUUGUGAAAAUGUCAGUCUAAAUCUAACAUUACUUUCUGUGUGUCUUAAGUGCAUGGGACCAAUGACAUGUCCGUAGCCCAAUCAGUAGUGGUUAUGUACCUUUUAGAUUAUCUGCAUUGGGAGUGCUUUUUGAUCUUAGAGCCAACUGAUUUAAACUUAAAUAUUAUCUGUCAUCUCAAUGAACUCAGUUAUUUCAAACACUUUCCUAAUUAUACUCAAAUACUCUAAAUACAUGCUGAAACAAAACUAGUUCCUGCUUGAGAAACUGAAGCUGAAGUGAAAUAGCAACUCAUUUUAUGUAGCUUAGCUUUUAGUACCAGGACAAAGUUCUCUGGCAAUUUGCUUUUAUUUGAGAAUUGGCACCAUGUUCUGACCACCUGUUUUGGACGCACAAAAGCUCCCGUUGUCCUAAAGCUUCUACUUUAAAAUUGUCCUCAAACUUAGAUCUCUUCAUGGUCUCAUGUUGUGUUCUCAGAACUCUACAAGAUUCCCUAUCUCCAUAAAGCUCUUUGUUCUAAUAACUGAUUAACACAACUUUAAAAAUUGAUGAUUUUACCAAUUGAUUACUUUUGUUUUUUAGUAAUUAAUGAAGCAACAGCACCUAUACGGAUAUCAAAUAUCCAUUGACUGAUUAAUUGUGGAACUCACAGUUACAGCCAAAUUAAAUCAAUCUCGGAUCUCCAUACAGUUCAAGAGAGACUAAUGUUUAAUAACAAAGUACAGGGACUUUUCAUAUCCCAGUUGUAUCUACUACCCAAAUAGAAGAAACCACACAGAAUAACACAGACUGGAAAUACAACUUGGAUCGUCUUGUUCCAAAUGACAGUUACUCAAUCAUUUUAAGUUUAGCAAUUGAUGAGGUUUUUGCUGUAUUUAAGGCAGCAAGUUCUUUAAAACAAUGGUAUUUAUUGCAACUUGUAAGGAACUUAGCCUUUUCAAGAACACGUCUAAACUCAUUUUCAAACCAACUUUAAGUAUUUGUUCAGUAUUUAACAAAUCUAUUUCUGUGUUCAGUGAAAUACCUUGCUCAUGUCGAAUUUGCAAAGUAAACAGUGUACAUGGUGAUAAUAAAUAAAACAAUGAAGACAAAGAUUGUAGUGCAUUCUGAAGGACUGUAAAACAAAAUGCACAAACCAGAUGUGUGAGAAGACGGAGAAUAAUUCAAGAUGUUCUAAUAUAGAUAUUUGCAUACUGUUACAGCUAAAUGUUUUAUUAGGGUCUCUUUUCUAGAGUAUUACUAAAGUAGUAAACUUGUUAAGAAUUAUUUCCAUUUAUUCAAACAAUUGUAUCGGCUGUUUUUGAUCAAAUGUUGCCUUGGCGAUGUUUUUUACUGAAGACAAAUAAAAACAUU